CCUUGAUUACAAUCAAUGUUAAAAAUAAUUUAAAGGCUUAAACUCAAAUCUCUUGCCCUGAACUAAAGCAAACUAUCAAACAGACAAUGAUAAAUACUCAUCAUUUAAUCUUGGCCUUUUAAAAAGCACACUGGAUAUAAUGAAAAUCAGCAUAUUAGUACACUUACUGUGCUCCCAAUUAAGAUAUAAAUAGUGCAUAAAGCUUUAAAAUUUUCAUCAAAUUAAUGUUUCACUGACAUGCAAAUUAACUACUGACAUCUAAGGUGCUUGCCAUGUACUGUUUCCUAAUUGGCAGGUGAACCUCUGAGGGUUAUUUAUAGAUGACAUGGCAACAAAGCCCUCCAGUAAGUGCUCAUUGUGCAGCUCAACUCAAAUUGAUGUUUGAGCUUUGAUUCACUUCGCUUUUUUCAUAUCCUUAUUGAUUUUAAAGCAUCUCAGAAAUAAGCUAGCUGAGGUGCUAAAUAUAUAAUUAAUAACAUUUGGGCAUGGAAUUUGUCUUCAGAUAAUCCCUAAGAGAUUUGGAGACCAAUUGAAUAAUCCUCUCCAGCUUGUUGCGUUAUGAAUAACUCUUAGGACUGUGAAUUUCAACUCAAAGGUUUAGUAACAUUCAUUUCUAUCCAGAGCACACAAGAUAAGUAUUCACAAAGGAAAAGUGAGGAAGAAACUUGAACAUUUAGCAAGCGAAUUAAUUUUUAAGAGUAGCUGCCUCUAAAGAUCUAAGUGGAAAUCCUAUUUUAUUCUCUAUUGACAAUUGAGGCUUCUUUUAUCUCUACUUUGUAUUUUUUUUUUUUUUUUUGUAUUACAUUGUGUCUAUGAAGAAUGUAGCAAGGGAAUUAUAAUGUAUCUACAAUUCCCAAACUGUGUUAUUGGGUUCAAAUUUGGCCUUUCCUUUCCUUGUUACAUGUCUGUGCCUGCCUAAAGACAGAAUGACCAAGUGAAAAAUGGAAAAGAACGCCCUUCAUUUAUUCCAGACAUUUCUGGUAAACAUGUAUUUCUUGCAUGAUCUCCUAAGGCAGUCAAAGAUACAAAAAUUUUUAAUCCUUGCCUAUAAAAAUUUGACUUAUUAGAGAAGUUUACCAUUUAUUAACCUUUUAGCUAUUUUCUUCAUGCCCCACCCAACCUAAAAUGUCCUACUUUUUCUACCAAGUUGGUAAAAUACCUCUUUUCUUGAAGAUUUAAAAGGUACAUCCUUCUCGAAGGUAUCCCCAUGGUUAGAUUUAGAUUUGCCAUUCUUUUUUAUGUGUGUUUUAAACUCAUAAACAUGAAAAUGUUUUGAAAGGCAAAAAAAUCUGUAAAAAUAUAGCAUUUGUUAUAACUAUUAAUAUGAUCCCAAAGCUAAGGAGAUCAACCAAAUGUUGGAUCCAGGUAACAGGUGGAAGUAAAUACAUGUCUUAUUUUGAACAAUUUUUAACAGUAGUAGUUGGCUUGUUAUUGUUUAUCUACUAAUGUGGGUAAUGAGGUGAUAGUAUAGGCAUGAUCAAAGCAACUUGCUUUCCUUUUUCGAUUUUAUUUCUGUGUACACAGCCAGCCAGAGAUACGCUAUUUCAACAACUUCUACACACACGGUUCUGUCAUUGAUCAUAUUCUUCAAUCUCUGCUACUGUUCUCGCUACCCUUUCCCAACUCUUCCACCACCAUUAUCUUAAACUCACUGCCCCUUAAGCUUCCUGUCCAACCUUCCGAGUAAGGCAACUUGAGUUCUUGCUAACUAAGGUUUAUGAGGACGUCUAUCCCUUAAUUCGAAAAAAAUUCACUUACUUUCAUUAAUAUACAUUGAGUGAAGACUUUGUAUGUAUCAGGUAUUGAGAUAGGAAAUGAGCAUAAAAGAAAAAUAAAAUGCCCCGGCCCUGAAGGAAUUUAGAAUCAAAUGGAGAUAAAGAUCCUGAAUAACUGUGGUAAAUGAUACAAAUCAUAAUGGAAUAUUUGGGGAGCUCUGAGGAAGAGUGUAUGACCCAAUUUGGUGGGGGGUGAUCUGGGAAAGUUUAGUGGGGAAUUUAAAGGUAAAAGGACAAAUGGAGAUUUAGCAGGUGGAGACGCAGUGGAUGGGAACCUCUGGCACAGAUCUAUGCGAGAAAAAGCCCAUCACCGUUGAGUCGAUUCCAACUCACAGUAGGGCAGAGUAGAAUUGCCCCGUAAGGCUUCCAAGGAGUGACUGGUGUAUUUAAGCUGCAGACCUUUUGGUUAGGAGCCAGACUCUUAACCACUGUGUCACCUAAUUAAAUCCAACUCUCCUGUUAUGUACCUGUACCUGUGCAACUGAAUGUGUCUAAAGAAAAAUACACAAACAUGCUGACUUGUAUCAUUUUAUAUUCAUUACUCUUAAAUGGACGCUUGACGUUAUCACAUGAUCUUACUCUAUAUUUCCUUCCUCUAUUCACUCGCCUAGAAGACCAUGUCAUAACUUUCUCUUCUCUCCUUCAAUGCUCAGUAUCUCCUGUCUACACCCUCACUAUCAGUUGAAGACCUUGUUUCCUAUUCACUGAGAAAAUUGAAAGCAUUCAGAAAACACUUCCAUGGACACCCACCCCAUCUAUCCGUCUACCGGUAUCUGUUCCUACAGUCUGCCUUCUUGCAGGUUCUCUCAUACAACACUGGUGGAAUUUUAACAGGUGUCAUCUUAGUGAAAUGCAGUGUAGAAAUAUGUAAAUGCAUUUGAUCAUUGAAUAAAACCAUUUCUUUAGACCAAGAACGUCCAUUUUUAGAUGUUUGUCUUUGGGAAAUAAUCAGGGUAGCAAUCAAAGAUGUAUGGGAAGGGUGUUGCUUGGAGUAGUCAAAAAAUGUGAACUAGCACACUUGCCUAGAGAUAGGAGAAACAACAGAUAAACUGCAGCAUGUUCUUAUGAUAGAAUGCUAAUCAUCACUGUUAGGGUAUGGGGAGAACUGGACUUGGCUUUUUGUCUUUUUUUCCUGAAAAUAGCCCUUGGAAUUUCUUGAAUAAUCAAGGUGACUUUGCCCUUCUAAAAUAGGAAACACUUAAACACCUGCACUGAGUUGGCAGCCACCAACUUAUCACCUGACAGCUAACUUCAAGAAGGGAAGGAUGACAUGAUGCAAUCAAUUGUGCAUAUUCAUUUAUUAGACCAAUCAUAACUAUGCAUUAAGGCCCCAGUCAUGCAUAUACAUUGAGGCCCCAAUGACUGUUGUAAAGAACCCUGGGCCUUGGAGCUUCCUUCUGAGCUUCUAGAUUGAUAGUGCAUGUGGGAGGACCACCAAGUCUCUGGGAACAUGAAGCUCUGUGCCAAAAACUCUUUUGGACCUCACCUGUAGAUCCUUUGUGUGUAUCCUUUUGUGGUUGUGUUAAAAAUGUUAUAGUGAGUGUACCCCUUUCCCUGAGUUCUCUGAGUCUUUCUAGGGGAUUAUUGAACUCACCUGGGGCCGUGACAGACUACUUGGCAGUUGAUUAGAAGGACAGAGUCCUAAUUUGUGGAGACCUCAGUCUUGGAUGGGGAGAAGAGGUCUGUGCAGAGUCGUUUUGUGUAAAGACCUAACUCUGGGUGGUUAGGGUCAGAGAGAGAGAAAAUGCCAUGUGGGUGGCUGAUGUCAGACAUGGGGUAGUGGGAGAGCAGGGAUGUGAAUUAUCUUUGCAUUUUGGGGAUUGGUGUUACAUCAGCUACUAUUAACACAAUCAUGUAAAAGCAUUUUUUUCAAAAAAUAAAUAUUGACAAGAUGAAAGUAAAUAUAUAACGUAAAAAGGACAAAAAAGCAAAACUGUACAAAAUGUACAAUACAGUUGUCAUGAAUUGAAUUGUGUCUCCCAAAAAUAUGUGUCAACUGGGUUAGGCCAUGAUUCCUAGUAUCGUGUGGUUGUGCUCCAUUUUGGGAUUGAUGUAAUUUUCGUAUGUGUUGUAAAUCCUAAUCUCUGCCUGUGGUUAAUGAGGCAAGAUCAGAUUAUGUUAAAGAGGAUUAGGGUGGGGUGUAGCACCUUACUCAGGUCACAUCCCUCAUCCAAUGUAAAGGGAGUUUCCCUGGGGUGUGGCCUGCAUCGCCUUUUAUCCUAGAAGAGAUAAAAGGGAAGCAAGCAGAGAGUGAGGGACCUCAUACCACCAAGAAAGCAGCUGCAGGAGCAGAGGGCAUCCUUUGGGCCUGGGGUUCCUGCUUGGAGAAAUCCCUACUCGAGGGGAAGAUUGAUGACAAGGACCUUCCUCCAGAGCUGACAGAAAGAGAAAGAGAAAGGCUUUCCCUGGAGCUGAUGCCCUGAAUUUGAACUUCGAGCCUACUAGACUGUGAGAGAAUAAAUUUCUCUUUGUUAAAGCCAUCCACUUGUGGUAUUUCUGUUAUAGCAGCACUAGAUAACUAACAAUUUUGUGCAUGUGCAUAGAAAAGACCAGAAAAAUGAAAGGACCACGUCAAAAGGUUGCCUCAUUGGAUAUUGAGCAAAUCCAUUGAAAAGGUGUCUUGCUUGUAAGAGAAAACUUCUUGUUGGGAAAACCCUGGUGACAUAGAAAAUGUCCCCUGAAUAAACACAGUAGUGAAAGCCUUCUCUGUGGUGUGAUUCCGUAGUCACUGAAAGAUCCACCCCUGCCGUGCACCAUCCUUGUCUGCCAUAUUCAAUCCACCACCAAGACCCAAGACCUUACUGCUAACCUACUGCCGUAAAGUACACCACAAAUCCAUCUAUUUCUUACCAUCUCUGUUUCUACCCUUUUGGUCUAAGACACCAUCAUUUUUGCACUAGAUCACUGUCUUAGCUUCCAGCAGGUUCUUCCCACACAUAUUCUUGCAGAAAUGAUUAUCCUAGAGGCUGAAUUGCCCAGUGGUUAAAGUUUGGACCCAGCGGACAGGCUGCCUGCAUAUGAAUCCCAGCACUGCUGCUCACUAGCUGUUUGGCCUGGCAGAUUACUUCACCUCUCUUGACUCCAUUUUCUCAUCUGUGAAAAUUAGGAUGUUAAUACCUACCUUGUAAGGUAGUUACGAGAGCAGUGGUGGUUCCGUGGUAGACUUCUCACCUUCUAUGCAGGAGACACAGGUUCAGUUCCUGGCCAGCGCACCUCCUACGCGGCUGUCACCGAUCUCUCAGUGAAGGCGCGUGUGUUGCCACGGUGCAGAGCAGGCUUCAGUGGGGCUUCUGGACAGUGACGGGUCAGGAGGAAGGGCCCGGCGAUCAUCUGAUCUACGGAAAUCAGUCCAAUCCGCAGUGGUGGGUCAGGAGGAAGGGCCCGGCGAUCAUCUGAUCUACGGAAAUCAGUCCAAUCCGCAGUGGUGGGUCAGGAGGAAGGGCCCGGCCAUCAUCUGAUCUACGGAAAUCAGUCCAAUCCGACACCGACUGUGGGGAUGGCACGGGACUAGGUAGGACUGUUGUGCAUGGGGUUGCCGCGAGUCUGUGCCGACUCAGUGGCAACUAACAACAACAACAAAGGUUGUUAUACGGAUUCAAUGAGUUCCUGGCGUAGACUAAGUACUAGCACGUAUUAACUAUUUCUCUUAAGACCUGAGCUAGAUCGUAUUUUUCCUUGUUUUAACUCUUCAGGGGCCGCGUGUUGCACUCGGCAUGGGAUCCUUACCGUGGUCUGUAUCGGCUUCAACUCCUGCUCUCUCACGUGCUCAGUGUUUGCCCGGAAGGACCUGCUCGGUCUUGUUGCGGGGCCUUUGCACAUGCUGUCCCCGCUGCCGGGAGCGCUCUUGCUUGACUGUCCCCGUGGCUGCUGCUUGUCCUUUGGGUCUCAGCUUCUGCUGCCUCCGCUGAGCACUCUUCUCUGACUUGUAGUCUUUUAAAGGACGCCUUCUGAUAUGUUUUUUUUCCACGCUACAUCUCUUACUAUUUCUGUAAUUGAACUUUAUCAUAAUGUGGUCUUAUUUGUGUUUUGUUAACUUUUUAAUCUCCUCUAUUUCAUCACUAGAAUUUAAAUUCAUGAAACAAGGAUAAUGCCAUUCAUGAUGAGAUUCGUUUUCCCCAAUACCUAGCAGAGGGCCAGGCACAUAGUAGUCAGGUAAAAAUAAUGCAGGAAAGGAAGGACGGACAGACGGAUGGAUGGACGGAUGCCUGGAUGGAUACCUGAGAUUCUAACCGUUAUAAUCAUGGCAUUGAUUUAUGGGAAGAAUAACUUCAUAUGUGCAAGGUUGAUAUGUCACUAAGGGGAUAAAAAAAAAAAAAAGGGAUAUAGCAGGUUAAUUGAUUAACACUCAUUGUCACUUUAGCUCUGGUAUACAGGGCCUUAAAAAUACUUGUCAGAACACAGGUGGAUUUUGAAAGAGGUGGAGAGUUUGAGAGUGGCAAGGAGAGUGGCGAGGGGAGUGACGAGUUAGGAACACGCUAGACUGAAGAUGCCUCGGUCAGGGCAGGCCUUUGUGGAAACCAGCCCUGGCGAUGUGGCAGUGUUGGGGUGUUGAUAGUCCAGGCAUUCAAGAGGAAAUAUCAGAUCAGCAUCUCAAAAAGAACCAGGUAAAAAAUACUAUGUAAAGUAAGUUCUACAGCAAUUUAGGAGCCCUGGUGGCACAGUGAUUAAGAGCUUGGCUGCUAACCAAAAGGUCGGCAGUUCAAAUCCACCGGCCACUCUUUGGAAACCCUGUGGGGCAGUUCCACUCUGUCCUAUGGGGUUGCUGUGAGUGGGAAUCAACUUGAGGGCAGUGGGGUUGGUUGGUUGGUUGGUUGGUUGGUUGUUUUUUUAUAGCAGUUUACUUCUUAGCUUGAGAUUGUCGAAUAAAGAUCUGCACACACAAUGCAAAAUAUGUUGAUGAAAGGUAGUUUUAAAAACAAAGCUAGUUAUUUGAUGUCAGGAAAUAACAAGGCUGAUUUGCCUUCUUUGAUUCACCUGGUUUUUAAAAUGGAAGUCAGUCAAACCUGAGUAUAUGUGAGUGUGUGUGUCUAUCUUUGCAGACAAACUUUUUUUUUUCUCCAGGUAGAAAAACACUUUGUGUGGAGAAGGCUCUUGUCAUGUACUGCUUUUGAUCAUAAAAUGAUACGGGCGUGGGAAGUUUCAUAUCAAGUGAUGUUCCCUUUCUCUUGCCAGGAGGUGUCAGUACAGUUCACUUAGGUGCUCUAGUACAUUCUGUAGCAUUUUAUCAGAAUGUCGGUUCCCACCCACCAAGUUCUCUGCUAAGUUACCUAUAGGCAAUUCGACUUAUAAAUAAUUCUUUCCAGGUGGCUAUUUCUCCUCAAAACAAAUAUUCUUAUGAGAAACUAGUUGAACACGUAAAGACUUGUUUAAUACUCUGAAAACGAAAUGUAUUCUGACUUUUCAGUGUUGAGUGGGGCAGUGGAGAGAAGAAAAACAACGAGCAGGAUGAAGGAGAAGAGGCAGAUGUAGAGAAAGGUGGAAAGAAAAGUGAAACCAAGUAUUUCCAGUGCUGGAACACAGCUGGAAGUUCCCUGAGCACACUUCUCUCUCAUGGCAUCUGGAUGCAUGUCUUCUUCCCUUCCUGGACUGGCAAUUCCUUGAGGUGCCAGAGUUCUUCUGUUUCCUCCCAGUCACACGCUGAGCUCGUUUAGCAGGAUUUGGCUGUGCUGAAGGUUAAACUCUCUUUCUGAGAUAGCCUCCCCACCAUCACCGCUUCCAGAUAACACCAUGCUUUCGUUCAGUCCAAAUGUACAUAUCCCCUUGGAUCUCCAACCUGAGCAUAUGCCAGCUGACAUGGGAACACUGAGGCCAGCAAUUUAAGGAUUUUCAAGUUUGCUUGCAGUGAAUGCAGAGUCCUGGAUCUCUUAGACACAUACUGGCAGCCUGGAGCCUAGGGAAGCCCAAGACUCCUAACGGUAAUCACUGGCCAUAGACCUUUCAGCCUAAAAAGGAUGAUGGAAUCAUUAUCUGAGAUGGAACACAAAGCAGAACGGACCACCGAUUGAUACUUAACAGGCUUUUGACAGACAAACCAACCUUCUCCAAGGUAGCUCCCUGGGAUUUCCGAGGAGGGGCUGCUCUGAGCUCAUCUUGGCCCACCAUGAAGUCCCUCCUUUGUGCCUACAUGCUCCUGCUUAUGACUUCCCAGCUGAGGGCAGUCAGCUUUCCUGAAGAUGACGAGCCCCUUAACACCGUUGACUACCACUAUUCAAGGCAAUAUCCAGUUUUUAGAGGACGCCCUUCAGGCAAUGAAUCGCAGCACAGGCUGGACUUUCAGCUGAUGUUGAAAAUUCGAGACACACUUUAUAUUGCUGGCAGGGACCAAGUUUAUACAGUGAACUUAAAUGAAAUCCCCAAAACAGAAGUAAUACCAAGCAAGAAACUGACAUGGCGGUCAAGACAACAGGAUCGCGAGAACUGUGCCAUGAAAGGCAAACACAGAGAUGAAUGCCACAACUUUAUUAAAGUAUUUGUUCCAAGAAACGAUGAGAUGGUGUUCGUUUGUGGUACCAAUGCGUUUAAUCCCAUGUGUAGAUACUACAGGUUGAAUACCUUAGAGUAUGAUGGGGAAGAAAUCAGUGGCCUGGCAAGAUGCCCAUUUGAUGCCAGACAAACCAACGUUGCCCUCUUUGCCGAUGGGAAGCUGUAUUCUGCCACAGUCGCUGACUUCCUGGCUAGUGAUGCUGUUAUUUAUCGAAGCAUGGGCGAUGGAUCUGCCCUUCGCACAAUCAAAUAUGAUUCCAAAUGGAUAAAAGAGCCACACUUUCUUCAUGCCAUAGAGUAUGGAACCUAUGUCUAUUUCUUCUUUCGAGAAAUUGCCGUAGAACAUAACAAUUUAGGCAAGGCUGUAUAUUCCCGUGUGGCCCGUAUAUGUAAAAAUGACAUGGGUGGCUCCCAGCGGGUCCUGGAGAAGCACUGGACUUCCUUUCUAAAGGCUCGGCUCAACUGUUCUGUCCCCGGAGAUUCGUUUUUCUACUUUGAUGUUCUGCAGUCUAUAACAGACAUAAUACAGAUCAAUGGUGUCCCCACUGUGGUUGGCGUGUUCACCACACAACUCAACAGCAUCCCUGGCUCUGCGGUAUGUGCAUUCAGCAUGGAUGACAUUGAAAAAGUAUUCAAAGGACGGUUUAAAGAGCAGAAAACUCCAGAUUCUGUUUGGACAGCGGUCCCUGAAGACAAAGUACCAAAGCCAAGGCCUGGCUGUUGUGCAAAGCAUGGCCUUGCUGAAGCUUAUAAAACCUCCAUCGAUUUCCCUGAUGAAACCCUGUCGUUCAUCAAGUCCCACCCCCUGAUGGACUCUGCCGUUCCCCCCAUUGCUGACGAGCCCUGGUUCACAAAGACUCGGGUCAGGUACAGACUGACAGCCAUCGCCAUCGACCACUCUGCCGGACCCUACCAGAACUACACAGUCAUCUUCGUUGGCUCUGAAGCUGGCAUGGUACUUAAAGUUUUGGCAAAGACCAGUCCUUUCUCUUUGAAUGACAGUGUAUUACUGGAAGAAAUUGAAGCUUACAACCACGCAAAGUGCAAUGCUGACAGUGAGGAGGACAGAAAAGUCAUCUCAUUGCAACUAGAUAAAGAUCACCAUGCUUUAUAUGUGGCAUUCUCUAGCUGUGUGAUUCGGAUCCCCCUCAGUCGCUGUGAACGCUAUGGAUCAUGUAAAAAGUCUUGUAUUGCAUCUCGUGACCCAUAUUGCGGCUGGUUAAGCCAGGGAGCCUGUGGUAGAGUGACCCCGGGGAUGCUCGUUGGAGGAUAUGAACAAGACACCGAAUAUGGCAACACGGCCCACCUGGGGGACUGCCAUGAAAUUUUGCCUACUUCAGCUACACCAGAUUACAAAAUAUUUGGAGGUCCAACAUCUGACAUGGAGGUAUCUUCGUCUUCUGUUACCACAAUGGCAAGUAUCCCAGAAAUUACACCUAAAGUGAUUGAUUCCUGGAAACCUAAACUGACGAGCUCCCGGAAAUUUGUAGUUCAAGAUGACCCCAAUACUUCUGACUUUACUGAUCCUUUCUCAGGUGUUCGAUGGGAAGUCCAGUCUGGGGAGUCCAACCAGAUGGUCCACAUGAACGUCCUCAUCACCUGUGUCUUUGCCGCUUUUGUUUUGGGUGCAUUCAUUGCAGGUGUGGCAGUGUAUUGUUAUCGUGACAUGUAUGUUCGGAAAUCCAGAAAGAUCCAUAAAGAUGCAGAAUCUGCCCAGUCGUGCACCGACUCCAGUGGAAGUUUUGCCAAACUGAAUGGUCUCUUCGACAGUCCAGUUAAGGAAUAUCAACAGAAUAUCGAUUCUCCCAAGCUGUACAGUAACCUGCUAACCAGUCGGAAAGAGCUGCCACCCAAUGGAGACACUAAAUCCAUGGUGGUGGACCAUCGAGGCCAACCUCCAGAGCUGGCUGCCCUCCCCACACCCGAGUCUACACCUGUGAUGCACCAGAAGACCCUGCAGGCCAUGAAGAGCCACUCAGACAAGGCCCACGGCCAUGGAGCUUCAAGAAAAGAAGCCUCCCAGUUUUUUCCUUCUAGUCCUCCGCCUCACUCCCCCUUAAGUCAUGGGCACAUCCCCAGUGCCAUUGUUCUCCCUAAUGCUACUCAUGACUACAACACGUCUUUCUCAAACUCCAAUGCUCACAAAGCUGAAAAGAAGCUUCAAAACAUUGACCACCCUCUUACAAAGUCAUCCAGCAAAAGGGAUCACCGGCGUUCCGUAGAUUCCAGAAAUACCCUCAAUGAUCUCCUGAAGCAUCUAAAUGACCCAAAUAGUAACCCCAAAGCCAUCAUGGGAGACAUCCAAAUGGCCCACCAGACCCUAAUGCUGGAUCCUGUGGGAACUAUGUCUGAGGUCCCACCUAAGGUCCCUAACCGGGAGGCAUCCCUGUACUCUCCUCCUUCAACUCUUCCCAGAAAUAGCCCAACCAAGCGAGUGGACGUCCCCACCACUCCUGGAGUCCCAGUGACUUCUCUGGAAAGACAAAGGGGCUAUCACAAAAAUUCCUCGCAGAGGCACUCUAUAUCGGCUAUGCCUAAAAAUGUAAACUCACCAAAUGGUGUUUUGUUAUCCAGACAGCCCAGUGUUAACCGUGGAGGAUACAUGCCCACCGCCACAGGGGCAAAGGUGGACUAUAUUCAGGGGACACCAGUGAGUGUUCACCUGCAGCCUUCCGUCUCCAGGCAGAGCAGUUACACCAGUAAUGGCACCCUCCCUAGGACGGGACUAAAGAGGACACCGUCCUUAAAACCUGAUGUGCCACCAAAGCCUUCAUUUGUUCCUCAAACCACGUCAGUCAGACCACUGAACAAAUACACUUACUAGGCCUCAAGUAUGCUAUUCCCAUGUGGCUUUAUCCUGUACAUGUUGUUGAGAGGAUAAUGUCGUAAGGGUAUCUUAAGACAAGAGACUCACUUGUAUUUUAAGAGAGCCAAGUGGCCAAAGCAACUUUCUAACUUUGGCAACAUCAGAACUUGCCACAUGUAGCUACUGCAGCAAGGCUUCUGAGUACUUGCCCCAAAACAAAGGAAGGUGCUGGUCAUUCCAUUUCUUUUGUUUGAAGCUAAAGAGAUGGGUAGCCCUGAGGGGCUGCCUCACCAGUAUAAAGAGCUGAUACAGUACUCAGAAGAAUCUGUAAGCAAAUACUUGAAAAUGGGUUCAGUUUAGACUGCCAUUCCGCGUGGUCUUCCCAUUAAAUGUGAACAUUUUAAUAUGUAUGCAUUCACCUUGCCUCUUGCACAAAUGUCAGAAAAAGAUGGUUAUGUCUCAAAGAAACACGAACUUGUAGAUUACCAAGCAAUUUGCUAAAAACUGUCUUUGACUCAAACUGUAGCAUUUUUUUUCAUGUGUGGCAUUUUUUUUCAUGUGUGGCAUUUUUUUUCAUGCCACCCACAAACUGUUCAGAGUGCGUGUAUGUGUGCGUGUGUGUGUGCGUGUGUGUUCUGUACGCACUAGGACUUGUGUAGAUGUCCAGUGCAUCCUUUGUGCUAUGGAGUUGUUUACAUUAAGCAUGACUGAACAAAAGACAAUAGCUUCUUCCCACAGCAGUCCAUUGGGUUCAGCUUUGAGAACAAAAGAAAAUUGAGGUUCAUUUGAUCAUCAAAAUGAUAAACUUGACGUACAUGGUACCAAUGCCAGAAUGUAAGAUUUCUAAGUGAUUUUGUGCUGCUAUUCAUUGAAACUUCUAUUACAGUCUUGCCAGCUUAGGGAGAUGUAGAUGUUAAGAGGUAUCCUUGAUUUAUCCACCAGUAUUAUUCCGUAGUAAAAUUUACCUGUCCACUGUGAACCCAAGCCUGAGUCACUCUAUUUAACCUUGGACACACUAAUGUUUUAUUUUGAUUGUGUUCAGAUUUUCCCACGUAGUCAAAUUUCUCCUCCUUUUACUUCUCCUACCCCCAAAGUAAAACCAACAAUAAUAAAAGAUAAACAAAAUUGUAACUGGCAUAACAAACAGUCCGCGAAACCUAGCAGUGGUGUGAUCAUGUUGUCAAUGUUGUGUUGUGUGAGAACUUUCUCCCAAGUCAUGCAGGUAAUGACAGUAUACUGUAAAUAUUCCAUGUGAGUUUACCUGGAUCUGUGCAUUUUGUGCCUUAUUCAUGAGAAUGAUAGAAGUCCUAGAAUAUGUCAAGUGCUUUCAGGACAGCACAUCAUUACUGAAUGCCAGUUGUAAAUGUUUUCAACCAGCACCUGAAAAGACUUUUUAAAAAAUCAUAAAACACAAUCUAGAACAACUAAUUGUAAUACAAUCCACCCGAAUAGCAGCAUUACACCCUUUGCCGUGAUGAACAUUCCACUUCUCCUUUCCUAAGGAUGAAACAGUGAUAAUGUGAAGUCAAAUGAGGUUUCCCGGGUAGUGUGACACUUGCUGAAACCAUGCAGAGUCAUUUAUACAUAGUUCUGCAGAAACCACUUAUGGCUGGUGGUGUGCAACCCGAUGGCUGUUUCGCUUGAUAUGCUGCACACCACACAAUUGUUUACUGAACCUAAUCUAGAAAGUACCAAGGCAGAGGCAUGCUCCUGGCUCACUCAGACAAAUAAGUUCAGCUGAUUUCUCCUGAUAACGCUGAUGAUAUGUAUUACUCGGGGGAGAACGGUUUGCAAAGACCAGAGCAUUUUUAUGCAGUAUGUAGAACACUGAUAUGGUUAUUCUUUUCCUGUGAAAAUACUGUUUUGUAAAGAACAUGAUUCCCUGAGAUCUCUGGAAGCUCAAAAGCUAAAACUUCUGUUCUUGAAACCCUUCAACUAAAAUAUUACAGAUCAAUAAUAAAUUAAACCAGUCAACAGUAAACACUGCUCAGUCCACCAACUACAGACAUGUUUGAAUUCACCUUACCAAUAUUAAUCCCAGCGUGUGUACAAUGGAACGGUAACUCUGUGUGAACCCGGAUAACACUUUGUAACAUUGUGCGCCUUGUAGUUUGUAAUGUGAGUUCUAUCAGUAUUUAUGUUGAAAUUUCUAACAUUAAAUCUAGUCUCUAUCCUGUUAAUUUAAUUUCUAAAUGCUUUAUCCAUUUGUGCAAAGGUAAACGCAGAUUGUAUCUUUUUUAAUGGUACGGCAUAAAAAAGUCACCCUAAAGUGAAGUGGCUCUAUACUGUUUAUAGAGUACUUUAACAUGUAUAGAUAUCUUGUAAACUUGUACUGUGGAUGUGUAAAUAAUAUGUACUUUGGGUUUUUAACACCGCAUGUAAAGUCAAAAUAAAAUAUCCAAAUCAUU